AAAUGCUGACAGGCUGACAGGCAAAUAAGUGCGACACAAAAACCUCCCUCCAGCUCCUCCUGCACGAGGAGAAGGAGAGAGUGAGGAGAAGAGUGGACAGAAGAGGAGAAGACUUAAGCAGAAAAAAAGAAAGACCUUUACUGUGACUGCCCCUUUCUUUUUUCCUUUUUUUCUCUCUAUCACUGCCUUUCCUUUUUCUCCCUCUCUUACUCCCUCUGUCUCAGCUCCCUCACUCCUCUCAUUCCCUUUCUGCCUGUCUCUCUUUCAGCAAGCCACUCUCUCUAUCUCUCUCAGUUUAUUUAUUUCACUCUUUUUGACUCUCUUACAGAACUUUUGUGCUCCCUCUCUUUCUCUCUUCCUCUCUCUCUGUCUGGCUUUUAAAUGGCUGUGUAAGAGAGGGGGUGGUAUUUGAAGGCUCUCUGAGAUGCAGGAGCUCCCCAGAGUGGGGGAGUGAGGGAGAGGAACUGACCGGCAAUCCGUCCACUCUGCCAAAAUUCCAGAAAGAGAGAAUGAGUGGAGGCUCUCUAAACGAGCGAAGAGACAGAGGGAAGCCGACCACUGAAGCCAAAAUACCGGGAAAGUCUAGAGAGAGAAGAAGAAGCCAGAGAGGACAAGAGAAGGUCUGGAGAAGUUGACCACCAGGCUGACCACGUAGCUAACAAGAGAUAACAAGAGAAAGAGAAGGACAGCAGGAGAAGACUGAAAGAAGAACUGAAGGAAGACAACACGCUACAUCAGAUCACAUCUGACCACAGUUAAACCCCUUGCUUGUAGACCACCAUCACCACUGGACCUUGGCCUUGCUUCUUCUAUGCUGUGGUUGCAAUGGCACCUUUGAGACUCUCAAUGACUCUUUGGUUGUGCCUCAUGUUCUGGACACUGCUCUGUUCCAGGCUGACCACUGGCUUGCCCCCUCAAAGCCACGGUCAACAGCCAAAGCCCAUGCAAGCCCGCCGACUGCCCGGCCAGGCUCAGGAGAGUGCGGAAAGUAAAGUAGAGCGCCUGGGUCAGGCUUUCCGCCGCAACGUCCGGCUCCUGCGUGAGCGUGGAGGGCGACUGGACCUGAUCUUCUUGCUGGACGAGUCGUCCAGUGUAGGGGCUUCCAACUUCAGGAGCGAGCUGCACUUCGUCCGCAAGCUGCUGUCCGACUUCCCUGUGGCACCUGAGGCCACGCGGGUUGCGCUCGUGACCUUCAGCUCCAAGAGCCACGUGGUGACCAGAGUGGACUAUGUGUCGGCACCCAGAUCCCACCAGCACAAGUGCUCACUCUUCAGUAAGGAGAUUCCAGCCAUAACCUACAGAGGAGGGGGAACAUACACCAAAGGAGCAUUCCAGCGGGCAGCGCAAAUUCUUCGUAACUCACGCGGAAACUCCACAAAGGUGAUUUUCUUGAUCACGGACGGUUACUCCAAUGGUGGGGACCCUCGGCCAGUGGCGGCAGCCCUGCGGAACAGCGGAGUGGAGAUAUUCACGCUCGGCAUCUGGCAGGGCAACAUCCGUGAGCUGCACGACAUGGCUUCAAGCCCUAAAGACCAGCACUGCUACCUCGUACACAACUUCACUGAGUUUGAAGCCCUGGCCCGACGAGCCCUUCACGAAGACUUGCCCACAGGCAGUUACAUUCAGGAGCACAUGUCUCACUGCUCGUCUCUGUGUGUGGAGGGAAGAGACUGCUGUGACCUGAUGGCCAGCUGUAAGUGCGGCACACACACGGGUCAGUAUGACUGUGUGUGUGAGAAAGGACACUAUGGCAAGGGCCUCCAGCACGAGUGCACAGCCUGUCCAUCAGGGACAUAUAAGCCUGAGGCAGUACCAGGUGGUGUUGGGACAUGCGUACCUUGUCCUGACCCUCAGCACACCUCCAGACCUGGCAGCACGGCCGUCACUGACUGUGUGUGUAAGGACGGAUACACACUGCACAACAGCAGCUGCCAAGCUGUGGUGUGUGCGGUCCUCUAUCCUCCAGAGAACGGUUUCUUCAUCCAGAACGUUUGUAAUAAUCAGUAUAACUCAGCGUGUGGUGUGCGCUGUAUGCCAGGCUUUGAGCUCCAGGGCAGCAGUAUCAGACUGUGCCAGGCAGAUGGCACCUGGUCUGGAGCUCCACCCAUCUGCACAGUGCGCUCCUGUCCAGUACUGUCCCCUCCUCAGCAUGGUGAGCUGAACUGCAGUGAGGGUGGCUCCCCCUACAGGCUGGAGUGUGUGGUGCGCUGUCUGCAGGGCUACAGGCUCGAGGGCAGAGCCAAACUCACCUGCCUGUCAAGCUCACAGUGGAGCGGCCCUCCACCUCGGUGUGUGGAGGUGCGCUGUCCCUCUAUCGUACCCUCUAAGCACAUGCGCGUGUCUCCCCCUGUGUGUGGAGAAAGAGCAUUGCGGAGUGGAGCCACCUGCAGACUCACCUGUCGCCGUGGUUACAGUCUUCUGGGUAAUCCAGAGGUGCGAUGUCUUCCAUCUGGGGACUGGAGUGACAAUCUGCAUAAAUCCAGCUGUGCAGACGCAGAGCCUCCAUGGAUUCAGUGCCCGAGAGACAUUAUCACAGAGACUGAUGAGCAUCGGGGGUCAUCUAACGUCACCCUGAGUGCACCUGUACUGGGAGACAAUUCAGGAGACGAGGUUGUUGUCCAGGUGACACCCAUCCUGAACCCAUCUCAGCCGUUCCCAAUUGGCACAGAACUCAUCACCUACACAGCUACUGACCGCACUGGAAACAGAGCCAACUGCUCCUUCACGGUCACUGUCAUAGAUAUGGAGCCUCCAUUGAUUGACAGAUGCCGGUCUCCACCCACCGUCCAAGCCACAGACACCGAGACGCCGGUCUACUGGGAAGAGCCACAGUUCUCAGACAAUUCAGGAGCUGUUCUAAACAUCUCCAGCACACACUCCUCUGGUGAUGUGUUUCCUGUUGGAGAGACAGCUGUGUACUACACUGCCACAGACCCCUCCGGAAACAACCGCACCUGUGAGCUCAUCAUUACAGUGCAAGGGUCCACGUGUGAGCAGCCGUACGUUCCAGUGAAUGCAGAUUUCUCCUGCGUGAAGAAAGAGACGGGGGUCAACUGUACUCUGGUCUGCAGACAAGGAUACAGCCUUACCCAGAAUGCAGUGAACAGCUACUUCUGCCCCAAUAACGGCCGCUGGGAGCCACCUCGUUCACCAGAGAGACCAGACUGCUCCUUGAACAGAAUAGCCAACAAUGGCUUCAAGCCGUUUGAGAUGCUGUUCAAAGCUUCCUGCUGUGAUGACCCGGACCUGCUGAAGUCCUUCACUGGAGAUUUCAGCACUGCUCUCGGAGGCAUACUACCCAAUAUCUGCAGUGCAGAUGAUAUCGACUGUAAACUGGAAGUGAUGUCACAGGGGCAGUGUCUGGAGUACAACUAUGACUAUCCAAAUGGAUUUGCUAUAGGUCCUGGAGGAUGGGGCAGUAACUGGGCCUCUCAGAAUGGUCAGGAUUAUGCUUACUUUGACAGUGGAUUUUCUCCAGACCAGCAGCAUCCUCCCCUACAGCAGGACGGUGUGUUCCAUCACAACAGAGCCAAGCGGCAUCGCAAGACCGGCCGACCCACCCGCGACCAGAAGGUCCAGAUAUACUUCAACAUCACAGCAAGCAUCCCACUGCCCCUGUCCAGGAAUGACUCAGUGGAAGUAGCCAAUCAGAGACGGCUUCUGCGGACCCUGGAGCAGCUGACCAAUCGGCUGAAGCGGACUCUGAGCAAACAGCAUAUAAACACCUUCCAUGUGUCAUCUGAAAUGAUCGUUGCCGACCCCAAAUCACUGGAGAGUAGGAAGGCCUCGCUGUACUGCCGCCCGGGCUCUGUACUCAAGGGCCGCAUGUGUGUGCAGUGUCCAGUGGGGACGUUUUAUUCUAUGGAGUACGCUGAGUGUGAGAGCUGCCGGAGAGGAUAUUAUCAGGACGAGGAGGGAAAGACCGAGUGUAAGAUCUGCCCAAAUGGAUACUCCACCCCAUACCUGCACUCACGCAAUGUGUCUGAGUGUAAAGCACAGUGUAGGCCUGGCAGCUCUUCGUUUAGUGGCUUGGAGACAUGUGAGUCAUGUCCAUUGGGAGAAUAUCAACCUGAUUUUGGCUCCCGCAACUGCCGGCCCUGCCCACCCAACACCUCCACGGUCAACCGAGGAGCUGUAGACUCUAUCGAGUGUGGAGUUCCAUGCUCUGCAGGUCAUUUCUCUCGUUCUGGAUUGGUCCCGUGUUACCCUUGCCCCAGAGACUACUACCAGCCUGAGGACGGACGCUCCUUCUGCCUCUCCUGCCCUUUCUACGGCACCACCACCAGUAUAGGAGCCAAGAGCAUCCAGCAGUGUUCCACUUUUGGCUCUAGUUUCUUGCCUAAAGAGGAAAGUGUAACUACAGCUCCAGAGGUUGUGGUCAAGCAACAAUAUCAGGUUGGCAGUCAGUUGUUUCAUGAGUGCUUCCUCAACCCCUGUCAGAAUCAGGGCACAUGUGAAGAGGUGGGAGUGGGAUAUGUGUGCACCUGUCUUCCUGGCUUUACAGGAGCGAAAUGUGAGAGUGAUAUUGAUGAGUGUGACUCCACUCCGUGUCAGAAUGGUGGCCUGUGCAGAGACGGCAUGGGGGGCUUCCAGUGCCAGUGCCAGCCGGGAUUUGUGGGAUCACUGUGUGAGGCAGAGGUAAAUGAAUGCAGCUCUUCUCCAUGUCUCAAUGACGGAGUGUGUGUGGAUGAGGUGAAUCGGUUCACCUGCAGCUGCACAGAUGGAUUCACAGGCCCGCGGUGUGAGCUGGAGAUAGAUGAGUGUGAGUCCAGUCCUUGCCAGAAUGGAGGAGAGUGUAAGGACCUGGAGGCUGGCUACUCCUGCUCCUGUAGUCAGGGCUUCACUGGAGACAGCUGUGAAAUUAACAUCGAUGAGUGCUAUAGCGCCCCCUGUCUAAAUGGAGGAACGUGUGUGGAUGACAUCAAUGACUUCAGGUGUGAGUGUGUACAAGGGUACCGGGGGAAGCUGUGCGAGGUGGAUGAGGACGAGUGUGAGCCCAAUCCAUGUGUUAAUGGUGCCACAUGUGAGGAUGGUGUGGGAAGCUACACCUGCCGCUGCCCUCCUGGGUUCAACGGAACCAGGUGUGAGACAGAAAUGUCCUCCUCCUUUGACUUGGAGUUUGAGGUGUCUGGGAUUCAUAGCUUCGUGAUGAUGGACGGACUCAUGCCUGCACUCACGCAGAUCACGUGCACGUUCUGGAUGAAGUCAUACGACACGUAUAACUACGGAACGCCCAUCUCCUAUGCAGUGGAGGGUGGCAGUGACAAUGCCUUUCUUCUCAUAGACUACAACGGCUGGGUGCUGUAUGUGAAUGGAAAGGAGCGAAUAACAGACUGUCCUGCUGUGAAUGACGGCCAGUGGCACCAUAUCGGGGUGUCUUGGAGGAGUGAAGACGGGGACUGGAGGGUUUAUAUUGAUGGAAGUCCUUCAGAUGGAGGCAAGGGACUGUCUAUCGGCUCCAAAAUACCAGGAGGUGGCGCUCUGGUGCUUGGACAGGAUCAGGACCAGAGAGGAGAAGGUUUCAACCCUGUGGAGUCUUUUGUUGGUUCCCUCAGUCAGCUCAAUAUAUGGGAUUAUGUUCUCUCCCCACAGCAGAUCAGGUCUCUGGCCAGCAGUUGUCCGAGUGAUCUACAGAGAGGGAACGUAUUUGCCUGGCCUGACUUCCUGCGCGGGGUUACAGGCAGAGUGAAAAGCAGCUCUAACAGCAUGUUCUGCGCUGACUGCCCCCUGCUGGAGAAUGCUGUCUCAAACCUGCGCUCCUCCAGUCCAGCAGUGAGUCCUGGCUCUCAGGUGAAAUUCUCCUGUAAUCCCGGAUAUUACCUUGUCGGGGAGCCAGUGCAGCACUGCCAGAACAGAGGCGCAUGGAGUCAUGCAGCACCGCAGUGUGAACGAGUGAACUGUGGUGCACCUCCACCUCUGGAGCAUGGUCAGUAUCAUGGAGAGGAUUUCUAUGCUGGCAGCUCAGUAGAGUACCAGUGUAGGCCUGGCUUCUACCUGCUGGGAGAGAGCAAGAUGCACUGUGCCAACAGCGGCAAGUGGGCUGGCAACCCACCGGCUUGCUUGGAUGUGGAUGAGUGUGCUCUGGGUUCUGAUUGUGAUGAACACGCCAGCUGCCAGAACACAGAUGGCUCUCACAUCUGCACCUGUAUUUACCCCUACACUGGAGACGGCAGGAACUGCACAGAGCCAGUGAAGUGUAAAGACCCAGGUCAUCCUGACUUUGGUCAUCGGGAGGGUACUGUCUUCAUCGUGGGUAGUGAGGUAGUCUUCUCUUGCGAGGAAGGGUACGAACUGAUUGGCUCAUCCCGUCUGUCAUGUUCUGAGACAGGCACAUGGGAGGGAUCGUUUCCUUUUUGCAAAGCCCUGUCUUGUAAUCCACCUACUGUCCCAGAACAUGGAAUCCUGAAGGGGACAAACUUCACAUACAGAAGCAAGGUGACUUUCAGCUGUGAAAAAGGUUACAUCCUUGAAGGAACAAUGGAGAUCCAGUGUGAAUCUAACCUGAAGUGGAGCAGUGAGCCACCUAUCUGCCAACCUGUGACCUGUGGAGAGCCCCCUGCUGUGGACCAUGCUGAGUUUACCCUCAACAACACAGUCUAUCUGUCCACUUUAGCUUAUACCUGUGUGGAAGGAUACAGAUUACAGGGCUCAGGGGAGCUGCAGUGUGAGUCAACUGGAGAAUGGACAUCGCCUGUCCCUGUUUGUACCAGGGUGGAGUGUGGUGAACCCAGUCCCUUGAAGGAUGCAGUGAUCAAGGGAGACAACUUCACGCUGGGCAGUCAGGUCCAGUACAUCUGCAGAGAGGGAUUCACACUUCUUGGUACUGAAACUCAGGAGUGCCUGCCGAGUGGAGAAUGGAGUCGCAAUUCCGCCCAGUGUGUCCCUCGCCAGUGUGGCUCCCCGCCCCACGUUGACCACGCCCUUUCGGAUGCCGGACACCAACUGUUUGGUGACACGGCUAUCUACUUUUGUGACGAUGGAUACACCAUUGGCAACAACAGCAAGUUGUUCUGCAAUGCAGAGGGCGUCUGGGCACCCCCCGAUGGCUACAGUAUGCCACACUGCAUUGCCAACUUCUGCCAGCGCCCACCAGAACUACCCCAUGCUAUUCUGGACUCCAUCAACAAGCCCAAAUAUGCGAGUAACACAGAGGUCAACUACAAAUGCGAGGAAGGCUUUGUGCUCAACACCACAGCCACCUUGAAAUGCUUAUUGGGAGGAGACUGGUCACCUUCUCCCUUGGAUAUUGGAUGCAUGCCUGUCAGAUGCUCCAAGCCGGAAAGCAUUGAGCGGGGUUACGUCAGCGGAAACAACUACAGCUUCGGAGCUGUGGUUGCAUAUAGCUGUGAUAAGGGCUACUACAUCAGAGGCGAGAAGAGGAGGACCUGCAAAGCUAAUGGAGAAUGGGGUGGGGUUUUACCAGCUUGCCAACCUAUAGCUUGCUCUAGUCCUCCUCGUUUGAUAAAUGGCUUCAUCCAGGACACCAUUAGGAGGACCAACUAUGUCUACAGCAGUAAAGUGACAUACGCUUGCAAUGCUGGUUAUCGCCUGACUGGAAAGGCUGAACGUAUAUGCAUGGCCAACAAGCAGUGGUCUAACAGUGAUCCCCCAGCCUGUGUACUUUUGACCUGCCCCACACCUCCUGAUAUCAAGCAUGGACUCUACAGUGGCUCCACCACUUUUGAGGUGGGAAGUAAGGUGGAAUACAUGUGCGAUGAGGGAUAUGAACUCAAUGGAGACGCAGUAUGGACCUGUUUAAAAUAUGGCAAGUGGGACAAGAGCAAAAUUCCACUCUGUUCUCCAGUUCAGUGUCAAGAACCACCUUUGGAAGACAACCAUUUGGUACUGCGGAGCUUGGAUUCAGACUCUGGAACUGUGGAGCUUUCUUGUGAGGAUGGUUAUGUGCUACAUGGAGCAAGAACUCUUAGAUGCACUCCAUCCCAAGAAUGGAAUGACUCCUUCCCAGUCUGCAAGCAGGUGUCUUGUGGACCACCCCCAGACGUGUCCUUUGGUGAUCCAUCAUCUGCAUCUUUCUAUUUCGGCAGUGUGAUUACCUACUCCUGCAUGGCUGGAUUUACUCUUCGCAAAGAAGCUUCCGUUAGUUGCCAGGCGGAUGGAAGUUGGAGUAAACCUUAUCCAGAAUGCAUUCCUGUGGAAUGUCCACAUCCAGAGGAAAUACCAAAUGGCAUAGUGGAUGUGCAGGGCCUCAUGUAUCUGAGUACUGCCCUGUAUAGUUGUAAGCCUGGGUAUGAUCUCGUAGGGAACUCCACAGUGUUAUGUGGUCAGAGUGGCCUUUGGAUUGGUGGGGUGCCUGCUUGUCACCCCAUUGAAUGCCCUCCACCUAAGGAUAUCCCCAAUGGCUCUGCUAAGUACUCACGACUUCAGUUUAGCAGGUCUGUUACUUACUCCUGUCAGCGAGGAUACCGUCUCGAAGGUCCAGAAACUCUUACUUGUCUGGAAAGUGGAAACUGGGACAAGGAGGUUCCAUCAUGCCAACAGAUCUACUGCUCGCCUCCUAAACCUAUUGACAAUGGCUUCGUCGAAGGACGAGACCACAAGUUUGGUGUCACUAUUUUCUACAGCUGCUUCCCAGGCUUCUUGCUCAUGGGACAGAACCACCUGACUUGUGAAGAACAUGGUUGGUCGAGUUCAGUGCCCACUUGCAGUCCAGCAGACUGUGGCCUUCCUCCACAUAUUGACUUUGGAGAUUACUUUAAAAUCCGAGACCCCUCUGCUGAGUUGUCUGGAGGAGACAACAAACUGGCUGGCCAACGUUCACCAACAGACACCAGCUUUUUGCAUGGAACUAUGGUCCAGUAUCGCUGCCAUUCAGGGUACGACAUGAAUGGUGGAGUUGUACUGGGGUGCCAAGAGGAUGGGAUAUGGAAUGGAACAGCUCCUGUGUGUGUGCCUGCCGAGUGUGAGGCACCACCUAAUCCUGAGCAUGGAUUAGUAAAAUUAACAGAUACAGUACUGGGCAGUUUGGUGGAGUACAGCUGUGAAGAGGGCUAUGAGCUAGAAGGACAAACAGUGCGACAGUGCGUCUCUGGUCGCCAGUGGAAUGAUGAGGCACCCCGAUGCAUUCCUAUAAACUGUGGUGACCCCGGAGGCAUUUCUAAUGGUGAAGUGGUGGGAAGAUCUUUCUAUUUUAAGGAAGUGAUCCAUUAUGAGUGCCAUGCAGGAUUUAUCUUACAAGGUUCGGAAUCUAGGACUUGCCAAAUGGAUGGUAAAUGGGACGGCAAAGCACCAUUGUGUAGGGCUGUGUCUUGUGGGCAUCCUGUAAUCUCGAAUGAUGUGCAAGUGAAUGGAGACAGUUAUACCUUUGGAAAGCGCCUGGUCUUCAGUUGCAACCCUGGGUUUAUCCUGCACGGAGCAGCCACUAGUGUUUGCCUGGCCAACAGCACCUGGAGUGAAAGUGCUCCUAAAUGCCUCCCAGCUGACUGUGGUCGACCCCCUAUCAUAAGGAACGGCCAUGCCAGGGGGACUAAUUAUGGGUAUAAUGGAAAAGUAACGUACAAAUGUGACGUAGGCUAUACCUUGAUAGGAAAUCCUUCUCUUGUCUGUAGAGGUGAUGGACUGUGGGAUGAUCCUCCACCUCGAUGUGAUAUAGUCACAUGUGACCCUCCCGAGGACAUCAGUCAUGGCUUCCUCAAUGGCUCUAGUUUUAACUUUGAUGAUCUUGUGGAGUAUAUCUGUUUCCCGGGCUAUGAGAUAGCUGGAAGUCCAAUUUUGCGCUGUACGGCAGAUGGCACCUGGAUCGGGGAAGUGCCACAAUGCCGACCAUGCAUGUGCAACCCACCGGUGCUGAAGUUUGGUGCAGUGCUUGGCCGAGAUCACACCUGUGGGGCCAGUAUCUGGUUCCGGUGCGAUGAGGGUUAUAAAACUCUAGGACCUACUGAGGCUGUGUGUGACAAGGGUGGAGUGUGGAGUCCAGGGGUUCCUAUCUGUAGCAGGGGGAGAUGUUCCACUCCUCCACCAGCUGUACCCAAUGCUGUUGUAACAGGUGGUGCUACUACAGGGGAUACCGUCACCUAUGGAUGUAGGCCAGGCUACUCUUUGAGGGGACACCCAAAUCUAUCCUGUGGAAGACUGGGUAGAUGGGGAGUACCUAGUCUACACUGUGACCCUGUGUCCUGUGGGGAGCCCCCUCCUGUCCCAAAUGCAAUGAUUGUAGGGUCCGCUUUUACCUAUGGCAGCAAGGCUCAGUACAAGUGUUCAGAGGGAUUUGAACCAGUAACACAGACGGACUCAGUCCACUGUCAGAGCGAUGGUACUUGGUCCAAACACAGUGUGAGGUGUCGGCCGAAACCGUGCAGCCUGCCCAGCAACCUUACCAAUGUUGUGGUGGCAGGAGAUCAGCUCACACCAGUAGGAGGCACCAUCACAAUCUCCUGCAAGCCUGGGUUUUAUCUUGAGGGACCAGGGCUAUCUGAAUGUGGGCUUUUUGGCAGAUGGUCUCCAUCUUUCUCUUCAAAUUCCUGUGUGCUGGUGUUCUGUGAUAAGCCCCACCCCCUUCUCCACGGCAUCAUUAAAGGCGAGAGCUACAGUUAUGGGGACACUGUUACGUACACAUGUUUGCCAGGCUUUGAACUACAGGGUGACGCUGUUCAGAUUUGUCAGGGAGACAAAAAAUGGAGUGGGGCUCAGCCUCUCUGUGUUGCAGUUUCCUGUGGUCCUCCACCCUCUGUGGAAAAUGCUGUUUCACUGAUGACUGGUGAGUCAUAUGAGAGUAAAGUCACGUAUGUGUGUGACUCUGGACUGGAACUGAUAGGCCCACAGAAUCUCACAUGUCAGGCUAAUGGAUCGUGGAGCUUACCUACACCAACCUGUGAAGCACCUGAAGACUGUCCCAGGCCUGAGAGUAUACUACAUGGGAAGGUGCAGGAACACAGCCAGGCCAAUGGGGGGAAGGCUCUUGAGAUUUUCUGUGAUAAGGGCUACGCUCUGCAGGGGGACUCCCACAUUGUUUGCAUGGAAAACGGCUCCUGGAGCUCACCUUUUCCCAUCUGUUCACCCAAGUCAUGCCCACCUCUACCUGGCUGGCCAGCAAACUCCACAGUGUUCCUAGUGGGUCAGACCAAAUCAAUCAGAUGUCCCAGAGGUCAGCAGGCCAAAGGUCACAAGGGUAAAAUCAUUACCACCAUAACCUGCAGGAGUGACCAAACAUGGAGUCCAAUCAACACAGUUUGUGAGAGGGUGUCCUGCGGCCCCCCUCUGUACAUGGCUAAUGGAGUGGUCCGUGGGGCUGUGUUCCAGUUUGGUGAUGUGGCGGCGUACUCAUGCUUCCCGGGCUACGUCAUGGAAGGCAAUGGCCGGAGUGUGUGCUUGGAGAAUGGCACAUGGACUCCGCCCCCUGCCUGUAGAGCUAUGUGUUGGCUACAGUGUCAGAAUGGAGGUGUGUGUCAGAGACCAAAUAUAUGCUCCUGCCCAGAGGGCUGGAUGGGUCGCCUCUGUGAGGAACCGAUCUGCAUCCUGCCAUGUCUAAAUGGAGGACGCUGUGUUGCUCCAUACCAGUGUGAGUGUCCAGCAGGUUGGACUGGCACACGAUGUCACAUUGCGGUGUGUUCCACGCCUUGUCUAAAUGGGGGCAGGUGCAUCAGGCCCAACAGGUGCCACUGCAGUCAAGGCUGGGGCGGUCAUGAUUGCUCCAGGAAAAGAAAACCAGGAUAUUUUCAUUUUUAAUUCCCCACUCAGCACAGAAGACAGCGCAGAAGACAGCGCAGAGUAAACAGUGCUCCCACCCCCCAACGCCCUCCGGAAAAUUCCAAUAAGUGUUUUGUAAAUUAAAGCUGUAUUUUUUCAUAUAGAAAAUAAAACAGUAUUAAGUAUAUGCUGCUGCUAUAUACAUACAUGAUCUUGUACGAUGUGUAAAAUCUUUAAUGUGAUUGUCCAGUGUAUAUGUGUAUAAACUAUCCUUUUCACAUUUUUAUUAAAGCAGAAAAUACAACUCUACAGAAAGUAGGUGUGCUUAGAUCACUUCAGCGUCAUACACAGAACUGUUCGUCAUCAUAUCUUAUUUAUUGAGUCUGCUAUAAAAAAUUCAUAACAUACAUACAUAUGUCAUUUAUGGCAAGCAAAACGUAAAAAAAAAAAAAAAAGGAAAA